AUGCCUGCAUUCAUGACGGGAAAGGUGUCGGUGAAGGGCAACAUACUGUUACUCCAGAAGUUGGACACCUUCUGGAACCAAGUCCAGGGCCAGCGAAAGGACCCGGAGAUGCCUAAUGUCAAGGACAUUAUGCUCAGCCAUCCAAUGAAACCCGGCUUAAAAAGCGAGGUCACAGUCUUCGAGUUGCUCCAGAAGUUGGUCCGUUUGCCAAACCUGUUGUCCGAGGGGUCGGCCGUCGAUUUGGCCAUCAAUAAAGAGGGACAGUUAGCCUCCAAAUGGAGACUGAACUUCCCGGCCGGACAGAGCAUCGGUAGGCUAGAGAGGGCUGACAGUACCGGCCCUAUAGAUAACGUGCUGACCAUCGAUGACAACGAUUUCGUGCGCUUAACCUAUAAUACACUGAAACUCGAAGACGCAAUAGCAUCGGGUCGGGUGACCUACCGGGGCGACCAGUCAACGGUGCCUAAACUGAGCAAGAUGUUUGCCACGAGUAGGAUUUUAGCCAAAUUGUAAACUCCAUAGCGUUAUACCAAAUAUUAAUAUAGAUUUGUAUGCC